UUUUGGUUUUAAACACUUUUUCACUUCAACACUUUGUGCCAACUGUGUAGCGUGUGCGACUUCGAUUUCAAUCCUCUACUUCGCACUUAGUACAAGUUGGUGCAUUGGUAUUGGCUUGGGAUCUGGGAUUGUGCUUCUCUUUGAGGUCUGAGGUGGAACACAAAGUGUUGCUUGUACAAUUUGAAUAGACACACGUACUAGGAGGUGUUCAUGUUGUGUGAUUUUUAGGAAGCUAAGGUGAUUGGAUCUUUGACAUCAAUUUACUAAUGGAGUGCAACAAGGACGAGGCUGUGAGGGCUAAGCAAUUGGCAGAAAGUAGAAUGCAAACGGGUCAAUUUACAGAGGCACUGAAGUUUGCUAACAAGGCCAAAAAGUUGUAUGCUGAUGUUGAUAACAUUGCUCAGAUCCUUGCAAUUUGUGAGGUUCACAUUGCUGCGUUGAACAAACUCUAUUGUUCUGAAAUGGACUGGUAUCGAAUUCUUCAGACAGAAAGACUCUCUGAGGACGCAAUCAUAAAGAAACAGUACAGAAAGCUUGCACUGCUACUUCAUCCUGAUAAAAAUAAAUUUCCUGGUGCAGAAGCUGCUUUCAAGUUGAUUGGGGAAGCCAAUAGGGUGUUGAGUGACCAAGCAAAGCGGUCUUUACAUGACAUGAAGGUUAAAGCCGAUGCGGGAGCUGCAGUAUCUAAGACCUCGUCCCGUCACUCAAAUGGGAACAUGUUUGCUGCAAAUCAAGUUCCAAAUGCAAGUUCUUCAAACUUCCCUUCUCGGAAUCCCCAUCUGAAUGCACAACAGACAUUCUGGACAAUGUGCCAACCAGAACCAAGUUCCAAACAGAGAUUCAACACUCGAAAUGAUGAUGAAAACAAAGAUGUCAAUGUUCAAGAAAAUCAUGUUGAUCCUUCCAGUUUGAAUGUUAGAAGGUCUUCUAGACAAAAGCAACAUGUUUCAUAUGUGGAAACGGAUGCAGAUGACAAUUUUGACAUUCCUUUCAAAAAGCCACGACAAAACGAAUCAUUUAACAAUGAUGAAGUUGAGGAAAGGAGUGUAUCUGAAGAAACAGUUUUAAGUAAUACAAGUAGAGAUGAGCAUUCUGAUGUUCAAGAAGAUAAGGCAUGUGCCACUGGAGUUCGUAAGCAACAUAAAGAUGAAAAGAGUAAGGAUGGCUAUGUUCCCGUGUCCAAACCAAUGGAGUCACAAGCCUCAAAAAAUGUUGGAAGCAAGAGAAUGAGACAACCAGAACCAGGUUCCAAACAGAGAUUCAACACUCGAAAUGAUGAUGAAAACAAAGAUGUCAAUGUUCAAGAAAAUCAUGUUGAUCCUUCCAGUUUGAAUGUUAGAAGGUCUUCUAGACAAAAGCGACAUGUUUCAUAUGUGGAGUAUGCAGAUGACAAUUUUGACGUUCCUUCCAAAAAGCCACGACAAAACGAAUCAUUUAACAAUGAUGAAGUUGAGGAAAAGAAAGUGUCUGAAGAAGAAACAGUUUUAAGUAAUACAAGUGGAGAUAAGCAUUCUGAUGUUCAAGAAGAUAAGGUAUUGGAGUCAGAUCUUGAUUCUAAAAUGUUAAAUGAGGAAACCUGCUCUCCACCGAAUUCAAAUAUCCCUUCCAGUCCAGAGAUCAUUACUUGUCCUGAUCCAGAUUUCAGUAAUUUUGAGAAGGACAAGGCAGAUGAUUGUUUUGCAGCUAAUCAAUUAUGGGCAAUUUAUGAUCACACUGGUGCUUUGCCAAGGUUUUAUGCUCUUAUCAAGAAAGUGACAUUCCCUUUCAAGUUGCAUAUCAUAUGGUUGGAACCUGAUCCAGAUGAGGAUGAUGAGGUUGCUUGGUAUGAUGCAGAUUUGCCUAUUGCUUGUGGUAAAUUCAUACUUGAUAAAUCUCAGAAAACCACAGAUCGAAGUAUGUUCUCUCAUCAGAUUCAGUUUAUAAAAGGAAAUAACAGAGAUUCUUACCUAGUGUUUCCUAAGAAGGGAGAAACUUGGGCAAUUUUCAGAAAUUGGGAUAUCAAAUGGAGUUAUAAUCCAGAAAAUGAUUUGAAGCGUGAAUUUGAUUAUGUGGAAAUCCUAUCAAAUUUUACUGAAAAUGUUGGCAUUGAAGUAGCUUACCUAGGCAAAGUGAAAGGGUUUAUUAGCCUCUUUGAGAAAACUGGGAAGAAUGGAGAGAAUACAUUUUGUAUUCUACCCAAUGAGCUAUACAGAUUCUCACAUCAAAUUCCUUCAUAUAAGAUGAAUGGUGACGAAAGGGAAGGUGUUCCAAGAGGUUGUUUUGAACUUGAUCCUGCUGCCCUGCCAACUGAGAUGUUUGAAGCUGAGAAAGAUUCAAGGGAAAAGGUUGAAAAAUCUAAGGUUGUAGACGCACCAACCUUCAGCCUUGGACUAACACAGUCCGAUGACUCAAAGGCUUCAUCAUCGCGUCCUUCUAGACAACUGAAGGGGAAAAUAGAACAGACAAAAGCGAAUGAAAAGAAGCAGUAUAAAAAAACUGUGCAUCAACAAAAUGAUGAAGGAAGUUCAGAUGAUGGUGAAAAAGUAAAGGGGAAAAAGCUGAAGGAAGUUACUGAGCCUGAUCAGAGGUUGAGGCACAAAAUGAGUAUUCCUAAGGUCUACAUCCUUAUGCAAUCUGUGAAUACAAAAAAAUUUAAAAAGAAGAUAGUUGAGGAAUUGAAUCAAUUUGGGUUUGGAGGAAUGUUGCACAUAUGCAACUGGACUAGGAUCCACACAUUCUUUGUGGAUUGGAUAGUGAAUAAUUUUGAGAAAGAUCACAUGUGGAUCAGAUUGAGAAACACAGAGGUGCUCGAAUUGAAAGAGGAUGACGUCCACCGCGUCUAUGAGCUUCCAAUGGUGGGAAAGAAGAUAAACACCGAUCUUUGCUCGGAUGCAGCGAUAAAUAGGUUGAGGAGAGAAUUAGGACUGACCGAAAAUUCUUCUCCAUUUGUGAAGGUGACAGAAUUAGAGAGAGUAUUGAAUACAACUGAGAAAGCAACCGCUUGGGUGAAGGGUGCAAUAUGUUACAUAAUUCACAACCUAUUGUGCCCCACUAACCAUAGCGAUGUAUCUCUACAAUAUGCCCACAUAUUAGUAGAUGCAGCCACCGCAUUAUCCCACAAUUGGUGCUCACACAUCCUUGAGUAUAUGAAAGAAGGCCUCCAAAGUCCAGGAGUUGCAAAUCCGUUGGCGGAUUUUCACUUCCUCAUGAUUAACUACUUGGAUAAAAUGGGGAAGAGAAGCCCAUUUCUGACUGGGAAAUACAAGCACCCAUCACUUCGUGAUUGGGAUGUGAAGAUGGCAAACCAAGAUCUUCAGAAGGUCUAUGAUGUUAUGGGACUCGAGAAUGGAUUGACAGCUGGGGUCACACGACAGAAUGCCACUAAUGAAGGACCGGUAGUAUUGUGUUUUGAUGCUGAUACAUGUCCACUAUCUAAGGCAGAAAUGCACCUCAAACAUUGUAGGGCAUGUAUACAAAUCUACAGUACAAGCGCGGACACCUUGGAACGAAGAAUCUCUCAGGCAAAGGGGAAAACUUUGAGGUAUAAAUCUUCAGCGAAGAGAAAAAAAGUAGUACAAGGAGGAAUGCACCUCAACUGAUUUAUGUCAACAAUCAUGACACCAACACUCAUUGGUAAUCCAGGAAGUCACUAUGUGUGCUUUGUUGUUAAUUUCAAAAGUUGCACAUUCCAGUUCUUGAAUAGCAUUAAUGGAGAGAGGUUCCUUGUGAAGUCAGGAGAACCAACCACUUACAAGAAGAUGUUUGAUGUCUGGUUUAAGGAAGUCGAGGCAUUUGUCAUAGAAUUGUAUAAGCAUUGGAAACUGGCAAUUCCUUUCGACUUCAGCAAAUUUAAGUGGGAAACUCCCAAAAUGCCAAGUCAACCAGACAAAGACAAUUGUGGAGUUUUCUGCAUGAAGUUCCUAGCUGAAUGGGAAGGUGACAGUAAGACCUCAAUGGACUCUUUCAAAAAUUGGAACAAACUCAAAAAGCAAGACAAAGUGGCAAAGCUAAUGGAUUUGAGGAUUGAAAUAUGCUCCACACUUUUAACUCACAGCAGCAAUUCAAAAGUGGAAUAUGUGGUAAACCAAGUAGCUUCUUACUAUGAAGAAAUGGCUCAAAAGCUGCAACAUGAUGUCUAGGUUCUGACUAGGAUGAAACUUUUUUAUGUAUUCAUUAUUCAUUGUUCACAUAUACAUGAUGUAAUGGUUUCAACUCAGUUUUUGGAAUAGGUAACUUAUCAACGCAAGUAAUGUGUAUGAAGGCAUAUUUUAUCAACUCA